CAUAAAGCGUCUUGAGGAAAUAGGCGGGGCCCUAGCGUCGCCCAUGUCUUCUUCUUUGGUGCUAGCCGAUUCAACUUCCGGCUGCAUCGUCCUCUGGAAAUCACAACAAUGGGCAGUGUUUUGGCUGCCAGCUCCCCCAACCCUCCACCACCUGCCACUGGCGGUGCUGCUGCUGCUCCUGGGCUGACGGUCCCACCAGGCUUUGGGAUGCCUCCAGUCUCCCCAGUUAUACCCCCUACUGGAGCAGCCUCAGGACAGCAGCAGGAGGCAGAAAACCCUUUGCCAAACCCGGGUGCAUUUGAUGAGUGUCAUCGCAAGUGCAAAGAGGUUUUCCCUAUGCAGAUGGAGGGAGUCAGGCUAGUUGUCAACAAGGGCCUUAGCAACCACUUCCAGGUGAAUCACACAGUGCUGCUGAGCACCAUGGGAGAUUCCACCUACAGGUUUGGUGCUACAUAUGUUGGAACAAAGCAGACAGGUCCAGCAGAGUUUUUUCCAGUCAUGGUGGGGGACAUGGACAACAGUGGCAGCCUUAACGCCCAGGUCAUCCAUCAGAUCUCCAACAGAAUACGAUCCAAACUGGCCUUCCAGACACAACAACACAAGUUCAUGAACUGGCAAGGCGAUGCUGAGUUCAAGGGAGAAGAUUUCACUGCAACGGUCACCCUUGGAAACCCAGAUGUCAUUGUCGGCUCUGGUAUUGUUGUAACACACUACCUCCAGUCCAUAACGCCGGCUCUGGCUCUGGGAGGGGAGCUGGUUUACCACCGCAGGCCGGGAGAGGAAGGCACAGUGAUGUCUUUAGUCGGAAGAUACACAGGCAGUAACUACAUUGCCACACUGACACUCGGCUCAGCGGGGGCUCAUGCUUCAUACUAUCACAAAGCCAAUGACCAGUUGCAGCUCGGCGUGGAGUUUGAGGCGAGCACCCGCAUGCAGGACACCAGUGUGUCGUUCGGCUACCAGCUAGAUGUGCCUAAAGCCAAUUUACUGUUUAAAGGUUCAGUUGACAGUAACUGGAUAGUCGGUGCAACGUUAGAAAAGAAGCUGCUCCCGCUGCCGCUCUCUCUGGUCCUCUGCACCUUCCUCAACCAUCGCAAGAACAAGUUCCAGUGUGGGUUUGGCGUCACCAUCGGUUAGACUUGACUGAGCGGCGGGCGAUCGACCCGCAGACUGACUUCACAGAACGGACAGACUCACUAUGGAACAAGCAGACUAUGCCAUGUACAACACUGUGUGUCCCAUCACUUCGACCUGUCACUCCGUUCAGCCAUCAUCAUGUUAUUGGUUUCAUCAGAUGUGGUGAAUAGAAUGUAAUAACAUAAAUCUAAUGCAUUUAAUCCUGUCAGAUUAAUCGCCUGAAUGAUCAGAAGUGAAACAAAUAAUGUGACUGGUCAGGACUGUGUUGACUGUGGACUCCCGACACAAACCAGUAGACAUACAUAACACAUAAGGAGACAUUACUGAAUUACAGAGCUCUUUGUUUUUGUCACUGAGUUCAGUGCCUGUCGCUCCAAUCUUGAAUUUUAUUCUUUUUUUUUUUACUGUAAAGUCUGUCUUUGGCGUACGUUGAAUGAAAUCAUUGUUUGCUUGUUAGAAGUGAUUUACUGGUUACAGACACGUUUACCAGCUGUCAGGAGGGAGUGUACUGUACUGCAUGUCAUGUUUACUGUCAUCACCUGUUUUGUUGCCUUUUUUAUGUUACAUACAUUUGGAACAGUAUAUAUAUGACCUGUAUAUACCUCUUGGAGACUGAUAAAUACCAUUUCUUACAAAAAAACCCUGCAUGU